AUGAUCCAGGAAGUUGUUGCCACAGCGUGUGAUUUUGUGUCUGCCACAUCUGUGCUGUAUUUUUGUCCAGAUAAACCCUGGCUGCUGACAGCUCAUCUGAGGAAUCUGAUCAUCCAGUUAUCCAGAGCUGGAUACAUGGCAACCUGUCCUUUGGCCACAACACUGCCACGAGGACUUCAGCUGGCUCUUUCCCUUCCUGGACAAGAGGAUAAUGAGAAGAAGGUGGACAAGGAAGCUGCAGCUGUUUCCUCAGGAGGAUCAGUCCACACCAGCUCUCUGCUGGGAGCUGAAGAGGUAGAUGAUGAGACAUUUCUCCUGUCUGACACCCUCAGCAGAAGCUCAGGCCCUCUGGACAAACCCAGGGUCCAGCCACAGAAGCAAUUCCCUGUGAUAGAGGAAGUGCUGGAACAGCUGAGGGGCAUUGUGAACGAGGGGGACCCUAAGACCAAAUACGUUGAUUUUGUUCAAGUUGGCCAAGGGGGUUUCGGGACUGUUUACAAAGCCAUGGACCCAGCCACGGGAGAUGUGGUGGCCCUAAAGAAGAUGCCUCUCCGCAGACGGAGCAGGAAGGAACUCCUCGUCAAUGAGAUUCAGAUCAUGAAGGAAAACAGGCAUCCCAAUAUUGUCAAUUAUAUAGACAGCUACCUGGUGAAUGAAGACCUGUGGCUCGUGAUGGAAUAUGUGGAUGGAGGCACUUUAACCAGCGUUCUUGUCCGACUCUUAAUGGAGGAAAGAAUGAUAGCUGCUAUCAGCAAGGAGUGCCUCAAAGCCCUGGAUUUCCUUCAUUCAAAGAGUGUGAUCCACAGAGAUGUCAAAAGUGAUAAUAUUCUUCUCGGGAUGGACGGAUCUGUGAAACUGACUGAUUUUGGCCUGUGUGCUCAGCUGACCCCGGAGCGGAGCACACGGUGCACGAUGCUUGGCUCUCCUUACUGGGUAGCACCAGAAAUUGUGAAAAGAAAGGAAUAUGACACCCAAGUGGACAUCUGGGCCCUUGGGAUUGUGGCCAUUGAAAUGCUGGAGGGAGAACCUCCAUACUUUAAAGAAAGCCCCAUCCAGGCUCAGCGCCUGAUUGCCCGGAACAGGUACCCCCCUCUGAGGAUGCCCGGCAAGAUGUCAAUUCUGUUCCACGCCUUCCUGCACUCCUGCCUGGACACCAACCCCAGCAUUCACUGGACAGCUAGGGAGCUCCUGCAGCAUCCAUUUUUACGAACAGCCGUGAGUCUCUCUGUCCUGCCUGACUUGAUCUGUACAGCCAGGAAAAUCUGUCAGGCCACGGAAACAGUUCAGACCAGCAGUGCCAACACAGAGCAAAAGAAGGAAUAA